UGGUAUCUCUGAUUUGCAAGAAAGACUGAGUCUCUUACCAUCCGACCUCGAGGAAUUAUUUUCAAAAAUAUUGAACAAUCUCAGUCCCCGGUACUUCGACCAAGCAUCAAAACUCUUCCAGUUAGUUGGCGCAGCGCUCGAGGACGAGCCCCUCACUCUCCUUUCUCUGGCUUUUGCAGACGAUGGCUGGAACUAAGUAAUGUUAUCCUAGGUCAAAAGUUUAUUAAUAGAGGAAAUCGAUUUUAAAACGGAAAUGAUGCGACGACGCCUGAACAGUCGCUGUAAAGGGUUACUAGAAGCCCCUGUCUACAGUGGAGAUUCAUCAAAAGCCAAAGUACAGUACCUUCAUAGGACUGUAAGGGAUUACUUGCACCGUUCCGAUAUCUGGGAUUACUUGCGAUCAAGAGUGUCAGGAUCCUACGACCCUGAUUUGAUGCUAUGUGGUGCCUACCUCCAACUACUAAAGGCGGCGGAAAUGCGUAAUAUUGUGCUAAGAGACUUUGAGAAUUUGGUCCACAUAUACAUCAAAUAUUCUCUCAAAAUCGAGUCUCGUUCCAGAGACACACAUAUCUUGACCCUCAAUCAACUCGAUAAAGCUUGCAACGAAUUACUCAGCGGCAAAGAUCCUAGCAAUUCGGCCAAGAGCUGGCUUGAAGCUGGAUGGGCGGUUCAAAAUCCGUUUCCAGCUGGGGACAAGAUCGGAAUUCGCCACUGGACAGCAUUCAUAUCGAAAAAUAAAGGAAAUGCCUUCUUCGAACAUUCCUUUUUUGAAUUUGCUUUUGAUUGUCAGCUGUAUUGUUUUGUAGAGGAUCAAUUGAAAAGCGGAUUCAAACCAGCAGUUCAGCCGGGUGGGCUGUCCCUGCUCGACAGAGCAACGUGGAAAAAGGGCUCGAGGAUGCUGGAUAUUCUAUAUAAUAAUGGGAUAAAGCCUAGUGUGAAAAAAGGGACCCAGACUUUAGGAGCCGAAGUUCCUCCUCGACCAGGCUCCUCUCGUUCAAUUAUCAAGCCGCUUAGAAAGAGCUGGAUAAGCAAUUUUGUGCAUAAGCUUGGAGACAGAAGUGGUAAGAGAAAAGGAAGUGAGAAGGAUAGUAUACCGGAUGAAAUGUUUUAAUAUAUAAUAGGAA